AUGGCUGCUGUUCUGUCUCGUUCCCCUGCCGACCUAUCCUCCAGUCCGCCCUCGAGCUCUCGGGACCCUCCUCAGAGGCUGUCGAAAAAGUCGUCUUUCCUGUCGCUCCGACGAGAUAGGAAAUCUAUCUCGUCCAUUGAUGCACCCAUCAUUGCACCGUCGCCCGCUCUUGGUCAGUCUUCCCGUCCUAAUGACAGAUCUUCCACGUCUCCGUCCGCAUACCAUGCUCUUCAUGAAUCGCCAGCACCAUCGGCUCCUCGCAGGUCGAGUUCCAGAGUUCGUGCGCAUGGCCGAAAGGCUUCCAAGAGUGUCAGCUCAACCCACGAACAACCGUCGUCUUCGAAUUGUGCAAGCCGAGGCAAGGAACGACAACAUCGCAACAGAGAGGGGCUACACGAUACCGUCGAGCAUGGUUCACAGCCAUUUCCUACUAUGGGCCACGAGAAGACGUUGUCCGGCAGCAGCCACACAACGACACGCUCUAGGCGCCGCUCGCACACAGGGCGAUCCAAAACCCAUGGCUCUUCGACGCCUCCCCAUAACAGACCUUUCAAUAUUUCGCUCUUGGAUUCGGCUUCGUCGGUAUUGAGUCAUUACGAAGAUACCCCUCGGACUCCGGUAGACGAGCUUUCUUUUCGCGAGCCGGUUUUUUCUAUGCCUGUUGUGGUCGCUGCGCCCGUGUCAGGAGUCGAGAUGAUGGACGCUUUGGUUGAUGGCAUGAAUCAUCGCUACGGCUCUGACGAUCACUUCAUGGGCAUGGGCGGCAUAUCCGGCAGGAUGAAGGUCUCAAAGUCUGGUUAUCACCCUCUUUACCAUCCUCCAUUGCCCACUCCCCCUCCUGGUGUGGUGCUUGGGAAGGUCAGCCAGCGUCAGCAGCCUCCUCAAUCGCGUGAGUCGGAUGAAGAUGAUGACAAAACACAGGUCGUAGUGCCCCGGUGGUCGGAGCACAAGAGGCGCAACACUGGAUCUUCUCGCAAGGCAUCCACCAAUUUCAAUAGUCCUUCGCCAUCACGUCCUCCUAGCAGUCAUUCUGUGGACACACAAGUCGGGUCUUCAAGACAUGUGGCGCCGUCCAUUUCGGAGAUCAUACGCGCGCAUGCACCUCCGUCUCAACAAGUACGUUCUCGAAAAUCUUCGCUCGCACAUAGUGCGGGUCAUGGAACCCUACAUGAGCACGUAGAGCCAGCACUUUCUCCGCCUGAGGAAGAAGGAGAUUUGAUUUCUCGAUCCUCUGUGGACACGAUUGCAGAGGAGGUUCAGCGAACGAUCCGAAACCAAAACAGAUCGUCUGUAUCCCCGCGGCCACUUCAUCUUUCGCGUUCUUUCCAGCGGACCCCUUCCGCGCUGUCUGAAUCAACACGAACAUUGUCCUCUCCUCGUUCCGAAGGCCGUCGCGAGUCAUCGCUGUUCUCCUACUCUACGCAGUCAGAUCACCCACAUCUUCCUGCAGCUGACUUUGCGGGCCUCACAAAACUACCUACCAGUUCACCUUCUCAAACGAUCGCUCAGUAUCUCCGCUCCGCCCGAUUGACAACUCUCCUUUCUCUUGUUCGCUCUCCACACGCUUCACGAGAACAUCCACUGACUGUCAGCUUGUCUGACCUGGGCAGUCCCCAUGGGUUUCCACUGGUUGUUUUCCUUGGGCUAGGUUGCGUGCGACACAUUAUGGGCUUAUACGACGAAAUGGCCGAAUGCCUUGGUCUGAGGCUUAUCACUAUUGAUCGGUGGGGACUUGGGCGCACAGACAUUCCGCGUUCAAAAGCAGCUAGAGGAAUUCUAGAGUGGACUUCUGUCGUGGAGGAAGUACUCGACCAGCUUCACAUCGACCAAUGCAGUGUGAUGGCCCAUUCUGCAGGCGCACCCUAUGCGCUUGCAUUCGCCAACAGAUUUCCAGAGCGCAUACGAGGGGAUGUUUGCUUGCUUGCUCCUUGGGUGGGAGGUGGUGAAGGAGCUGGCUACAAGUGGUUGAAAUAUGUUCCUAAUGGCAUUCUGAAGACCGCACAAGCUGCAGAAUGGAAGGUGCAAGCGUGGAUGAUCGGUAAACCUCCUACGUUUGCUUUCGAAGGGAUCGGUUACGAUGCUACAACCUCAUCUGCGUCAUCUGUUACGCACGGUUCCAACGUGACAUCGCCUCACGCGUCCUCGAAAUCGCCGCCCACAUCCACCCGAACGUCCACACAUCUUCUAAGGGUGGACGAAGUUCAGCCUCGCCCAAGCAUGUCCUCCGGUGUUUUCAGCGAAUAUGACGAUCUACGUGACUUUGAAGGCCGGUUCGAGAGCAUGAGCACAUUGGAACGCAAAAGUUCCGGAUCGGAUCACGAUCGCACCGUUACAAUCACCAAGGUCGCUACACGCAAACCUUCACGAGGCUUCCUUGGGCGGCUGAAAAGUGGUCAUACAUGUCAGCCCCAGCUGCCACCUGAAGAGAAGUCUACGCUUCCCCGCACCGGGAAGAAGCUGAAGGUUCUGCGUUCGAUGGGCUCCUUGAAGGGUCGUUCCAAACUUCCACCGGUAGAGGUACCUGCACGCCCCCCAGAAGUUCCACGUUUACCUGCGUCGAUGGGCCCGGAUAUUGGUUUAGGUCUCGAUCACCUCGACUUCACAGACACUGUAAGGAUCAAGUCAUCUUCGACGCCCCCCUUUUGUAGUGAUUCAGGAGCAAUGAAGGGCAAGGAGACGUCCCUGGAGACUGCAGACGAACAGCUGUUCUCCACUCGUGCGCACGGACGGCGAUCCAUAUCGUUAGUGGCUCCUGAGCGACCGCGUCUAUCAGAUCCAACCCCACCCAAUAGUCCACUACCUGACGAUUCGUCACCGGCCAAUUUCCAGGCAGCACUCGGCAAUGCUCUUCUGGCUGCUUCUCAUGCGGAAUCAUCUAAAGGGACCCAUCGGGAUUUACUCCAGAUCUUGAACCAUGAUCGACAGCCAUGGGGCUUCUCAUAUAUAGCAUACCCUCACACUGUACGUGUAUGGUAUGGGGACAGGGACGAACGGAUUGCAGAGAAUGCGGUACGAUGGAUGGAAAACACUAUGGGACCCGAUAAAUGCCGUGUACAAGUUGUCCCAGGUGCUGAUCAUGCGCUCAUGUAUAGAAGUGGAGUAGUUGUAGACGUGCUCGAGAAGGUCUGCGAGUUUUGGCGCGAAUACUUGGGUUCUAUGCCUUCAGCGUCGGUCCGCGAACGCUGUCUUCGUGCGCAAACCAGAACCGUCGAGACGAUCGCGAGAACCGCAAGAAAGGCGAUGGUAGAAGAGAGUGCUACAGCGAGGGCGACAUGGGAGGAAAUAUCUGACGACGUAAACAGUGAGGACGAAGGCAGAGCCGAUGUUGAUGUAGUCGUGUGUACCGUGCCUGAUGAGUACGAGGCUUGUAAAGGAGACGAUGUAGAGCCGGACUGCGACGACGCGGAUGUGGAGAAUGUCCAUGCAGCUGUAGAAGACCCUAUUCGCGAAGUCGUCAUUGUUUGCGACGGCACUGAAGCAGAAGCAGAAGUAGAGGAGGAUGUGGAGAAGGCAGGCGUCGACAUGGUUGAAGUAGGGGCUGGCGAUAAAUUCGGAGAUCCUGGUGCUGCGAGCGACGGCGAGAAAAGGGGCGAAUUCGAGAUAUUUUCAGCUGAAACUGUCGACACACUGGAAAAUUUCUUCAACGUGGUCGCUGCGGAGGGCAAUGAUCGCGAAAACGCCGAAGUCCUAGCUGUAGUGCUGCCGAAACCUGUUGAUAUGGACCCCGUCCUAGUAACGAGACUGGGCAACGAAGUGUUUGGACUGCCAGAGAAUGAAGUGCCGCGCGAAUUGCCCGCAAUUAAAGUUGACGUUCUAGGGGAGCGAGAAGCAAAAGAGGAAGAACCCGAGUCACUAGCUGAGAUUGGUGAGGAGAUUUCGGAUGAAGUACUCGCAAAUGUGGAAAUUGCGCCUGCGCUAUUGCUCCUCCGAAUGCUCGAAAUCCUAGGAAGGGAGGAUGUCGGAGAAAGGGCCCAAGGUAUGAUAGGCGUGGCGGCAGACAAGUACGUGGAAAGCGUGGUGGAGGCAAUUGGCCAUGGUAAUGGGUAA